GACGGAGGCGCGCUCACGCGUUAAUGUAGGAGCGCUUCAGACGGAGGGACUCAACUCUCAGCAGUUUAUAGACAUUGACCUCAACAUAACAGUCGGAGAGUAUCAUGGGAGGGGCAGUGGUGGACGAUGGACCUCCUGGAGUGAAGGCACCAGACGGGGGUUGGGGUUGGGCAGUGUUGGCUGGCUGCUUCGUCAUCACUGGCUUCUCUUACGCUUUCCCCAAAGCUGUCAGCGUCUUCUUCAAGGAGCUGAUCCGAGAGUUUGAUGUUGGCUACAGUGACACUGCCUGGAUCUCAUCAAUACUGCUCGCCAUGCUGUAUGGCACAGGCCCUCUGUGCAGUGUGUUGGUGAACAGGUUUGGCUGUCGGCCGGUGAUGAUGGUUGGAGGACUCUUUGCUUCUCUUGGAAUGAUUCUGGCCUCUUUUGCCACCAGUAUCAUACACAUCUACCUCUGCAUCGGAGUUAUUACAGGUCUGGGCCUGGCAUUGAACUUCCAGCCAUCUCUGAUAAUGCUGAAUCGCUACUUCAGUGAGAAACGUCCUCUGGCCAAUGGCUUGGCAGCAGCAGGUAGCCCUGUGGCACUGUGCUGUCUCUCCCCACUGGGGCAGAUUCUCCAGUACCAGUACGGCUGGAGGGGUGGGUUCCUCAUACUGGGAGGCAUACUUCUCAACUGCUGUGCCUGUGGUUCCCUUAUGAGGCCCCUGUUGCCCACCAAGAAGCCCCAAGAGCUGGAGGGUCCCUUAGCUGCUGAGGAGAAGAAGCCACAGCCAAAGAGGAAACUGCUGGAUUUCAGCGUAUUCAAGGACAGGGGUUUUCUCAUCUACACCCUAGCAGCAUCUGUUAUGGUGCUGGGCUUGUUCGUGCCCCCUGUGUUUGUGGUCAGCUAUGCUAAAAACCUUGGCUAUGAAGACACUAAGUCUGCAUUGCUGCUCACCAUCUUGGGAUUUGUUGAUAUGUUUGCUCGGCCAGCGUCAGGCCUCAUAGCAGGUAUGAAGUGGGUACGGCCCAGGUGUGUCUACCUGUUCAGCUUUGCCAUGAUCUUCAACGGGUGCACCGACAUAAUAGGAUCACAGGCCAAAGAUUAUGCAGGUCUGGUGGUCUUCUGUAUCUUCUUUGGCAUGUCAUAUGGCAUGGUGGGAGCGCUUCAGUUCGAGGUCCUCAUGGCUAUCGUAGGGACAGAGAAGUUCUCCAGUGCCAUCGGCCUGGUGCUGCUGAUGGAAGCUAUUGCUGUACUGGUGGGACCUCCUGGAGCAGGUCGCCUCUUGGAUGCCACCCAUCAGUACAUGUACGUCUUUCUGUUGGCGGGCUGUGAGGUCACACUGUCAGCCUUUAUCAUCGCCGUAGGUAACUUCCUCUGCAUUAGUAGGAAAAAAGAUCCAGAGGCUGAGAUGGAGCUGGCUGUCACUGCCUCAGAGAAAGAGGGGCUGAAUGGCAUCGUGAAAGGUGAACAUGAUCAUGAAGACAAAGAGGAAUCAAUGGAGAAUGGAAAUGUCAGUGCUUCGAAAGCAGGGGAGGAGGCAAUGAUGGUGACAGAGAUGGGGGAAAAGGAUGGAGAAGAGAACACGUCAUUAUGAAGAAUAAGACUGAAGAGAAAAGACAACCAUGCACCAAGAGGACAUAAAAUGUACCAAGGAUGAUCUGUGGAAAAAAGACAGAGCGAGCAGCCACACUAAUGAAAGGGCGUAAUCAAAGUAAGAAAGAAGAUAGGGCUGAUAUUCCUCUUUCUCCAGGACUCAAGCUUUUUCAGUUUUUUAUCUCCUCAGUGAUUUCAAAUAAGCUGAUUAAAAAAAUACCAAUCAAUGUCCACUUAUGGGCAUUUUCUUGGCCUUUCAACCACAUCUCACAGCUUUUUUCUUUAUGUAGGGUUAAGUGCCAAGUCCUUGUAAGAUAAAGAAUAUCAGGACUUCGGCUUGAUGUUCUCACGGUGCCCCUAAGUACGGGAGUCUCCCUGUGAUGCUACUGGUGGUCCCCAUUCAACAGACAUCACCCCCUUUAUAUAUACCAACACCUGUUAUCACAUGACAGAAGCUCCAUUUCCUAAUAAAGACUGUGAGAUGCUGUUUAAAGGUCUGAAAGUGGAGCCAGUAAGUGGAUCUUGUGCUAAGAAUAUCUUGCCUCACUACUAGCAAGACUGUGUUAAAGUAUUUCUUAACGUUUUAUGUAAAAACAGGAUGAGACGUUACAUUAAAAAAAAGCUGUAAAAAUAAAUUAUUCCAUAUUUGGGGCACUCAACAUGUACCCCGGCAGCUGAAUUUUACUACUGUGGCUGUUCACUCAUUCCUGCAAUUUAAAACAAGUCGUUCUGUUGUGUUGUUUCAUGACUGCUGUGAGAUACUUUUUGAGACUUUAUCCAGGUGCUGCCUGAAGCAUUUUUUGUUUGUAGGAUACUUGAAUAAAACCUGAAUUGCUUGUCUAAGUGCAGUGCAUAGGUGUUGUAUACUCAGCUGAUGAAUGUAUAUCCUAUACCACUUCACUACUCUGUAAAGGUCUUCUUCAUGUUAUAACAUGAGACUUGCUGUGUUAUGUGUUGGCUUGGUGUCAGAUGGUGUGAUCAAUGUGCUCUAUGCCCUCUGUGUAUCUGUUUCAUGCUCAAACUGAGAGCAAACAAAAUAUGCUGGGGUGAAGAAAUGCAGAACACCUGCUAACACAACAUAAAUGUGUGAAUGCCAUUUUUCCCCAAAUAAAUACAUUUUCCAUGCAGAAAAAUUAGUAAUUGACAUCUUUGUUCCAUUCAGCAACAGACUUCCAUCGACAUGAAGUGUGGCAGCUCAGAACCUGUUGAAACUGACCAGUGGUGUGAUGCAACAACGUAGUAAUACUUUGUUAUAGUCCCUUAGUAUUUAUUUGAAACUAUUUGUACCUUAGCGUUUUUAUAUUUUUGUCAAUUUUCACUUUU